GACCUGCCGUGCUUCAGCAACCACGAGUGGACCGGUGGAGAUAUCUCACAUCGCUGCUGUAUCUCAGACCGGAUCAGGGUGACCGGGCAGUUGACCCAACAAGUUCUGUGGAGGAUACUGGGAGGAACCAAUUGUUAAAAUGCCUGUGGCGACAUCCAGCUCUGACUCCACCAUGCAUCAGGCCCUGGACACACUGAGUGACAGCACAAGCUCCACGACUGCCAAUGACCUGGACCUUAUCUUCCUCAAGGGCAUCAUGGAGAGCCCAGUGGCCCAUGAGCAGUUUGAGGAGCCCAAGCUGGAGGCUGUGAGGGAGAACAACGUGGAGCUGGUCCAGGACAUCCUCAAGGAGCUCAACCCGCUCACAAACAGGAGCCAGGCAGUGGACGAGCUGGUCCGCAUCCUGAAGGAGCCUCACUUUCAGUCCCUCCUGGAGACCCAUGACUCUGUGGCGUCCAAAAACUACGAGACACCGCCCCCCAGCCCCUGUUCCUUCAUGGACGCAGCCCUCAACAACCAGCCUGUUCCCCCAGACGCCGUCAGGAUGGUGGGCAUCCGAAAGGUGUCUGGCGAGCACCUGGGAGUGACGUUUCGAGUGGAGAAUGGCGAGCUAGUGAUAGCCAGGAUCCUCCACGGCGGCAUGAUUGACCAGCAAGGCCUGCUCCACGUGGGUGACAUCAUCAAGGAGGUGAACGGGCAGGAGGUGGGCAACGACCCAAAAGUGCUCCAGGAGAUGCUGAAGGAGGCCAGCGGCAGCGUGGUGCUGAAGAUCCUGCCCAGCUACCAGGAGCCACACACACCAAGACAGGCCUUUGUAAAGUGUCACUUUGACUACGACCCAUCCCAUGAUAACCUGAUCCCCUGUAAAGAAGCAGGGCUGAGUUUCGACAGUGGAAACAUUCUGCAGAUUUUCAACCAGGAGGACCUCAAUUGGUGGCAGGCCUGUCACAUAGAGGGAGGCAGUGCAGGUCUAAUUCCAAGCCAGCUGCUUGAGGAGAAAAGAAAAGCGUUUGUGAAGAGAGAUCUGGAGCUCGCUACCACAGGUCCUCUAUGUGCUGGGAUGGGUGGUAAGAAAAAAAAAAAGAUGAUGUAUUUGACUACCAAGAAUGCAGAAUUUGAUCGUCAUGAGCUGCGGAUAUAUGAAGAGGUUGCCAAGGUCCCACCCUUCAGGAGGAAGACGCUGGUUCUGAUUGGCGCGCAGGGGGUCGGCCGUCGUAGUCUGAAAAACAAGCUGCUGGUGUCGGAUCCCCAGCGGUAUGGAACCACCAUCCCCUUCACCUCAAGAAAACCAAAGGUGGAUGAGAGGGACGGCCAGAUGUACUCCUUCAUGAACCGCAGCGACAUGGAGUGCGACAUCAAAAAUGCCCGUUUCUUGGAGCAUGGCGAGUAUGACGGGAACCUGUAUGGCACUAAGAUCAACUCUAUACAUGAGGUGAUAGAAACUGGAAAGAUCUGCAUCCUGGAUGUCAACCCACAGGCUCUUAAAGUCCUGCGGACGUCAGAGUUCCUGCCCUAUGUUGUCUUCAUUGAAGCCCCGGAUUUUGAGGUUCUCAAAGCUAUGAAUAAGACAGCAAUUGAGUCAGGAGUUGUUACAAAACAGUUAACGGACUCUGAAUUAAAGAGGACGGUGGACGAGAGCGAGCGCAUUAAGCGGGCCUAUGGACAUUACUUUGAUCUCUUCAUCAUAAACGACGGCCUCGAAGCGGCGUUCCGAAGUCUACGGUUGGCACUGGACAAACUGUCAACGGAGCAGCAGUGGGUUCCUGUCAGCUGGGUCUUCUGAAAGUCACAAAGAGCCCGCCAGCAAAGUCCACAGGUCCACAGGUCGAAGGUCAGAGGACGAAUUGGUAGCUCCAGAGGGGCUGUGUCCAUGCAGUCAUUGGUGGUGGAUUUCUGUAGUGAAGCGCCAAGCGUCAUGAAUCAGCGCAAAUGACCAGCCUCAUGUAGAGCGUUUUUGUACAAACUUAGUGUUCCUCUGUUGAGCCUAACGUCAAGUUGUUCUUUAUUUGUCAGAAUUGGGAUAAUUUAAUUGAUAUUUGUUCAGAGGGAUUUAGAUUGGUUAUGAGGUUUAGUGCAAUAGUGUGAGUGAGUGUACGUAUGUUAUCAUAAACGUGAAAAUAGACUUAGAGUAAAGAAAUUGUUGGCAGAUAACAGCGCUCUAUUGAGGUUUUUUUUUGUUGAAGGAUAUUGAACUUUUUAGCUUUUCCUACUUUAUGUAGUGUAAUGUUUACAUUGGAUUGUAGGACAGAUUUGUGAAGGAAAGAUACCAAAUGUUUGUGAUAAAAACUCAAUAUUUUACCAUUUGAUCAUUACAAUAUGAUUGUAUGUGUUCAUAAGUGUGCUUUAUACUAUGUCGCCACUAGUUUGAAAAACAAACAGCAAUAGAUCAUUUUAAACAAAGACAUAUACGUGCAAUACACCUACUCUACAUACACAUUAGCACAUUUUGAGUUGAUUUGCAGUCUCGACUUGUUUGGUUUCCGUUUAAAUGUCGAUUACAUUUGACAUUUGUUUUCCUGUGCUGGUAAAAGUGUCUGGUUUGUUUGACAGUGAGAAGACCCAGUGAAUGGAUCACAGUGUCCAACUACUGCCUGCUUGAUCCUGUUGGAGUUGUCUUUGUAGCACUGAGAACAACAACAAAAAAAUGAAGAAAAAAAAUGAUGAAGUAGCCUAAAGUAUGCACAGAUUGUAUGAUGAAGGCAAAUUACUUAAAAUUACAGGUUGGACAAUUAAUGAAAGUUGUUCUGUUUUUUGUUUGUUUUUGAUGUACAAAAAGUAAAAUAUUUAUCAGUGGCUUCAAAUUCAUACUGACUUUUGCCUUAACAUGGUUCAAAAGCCAAGGAAACACUCUUAUCACUGUACAUGUUCCUUAGAAUUUAGAGAAAAAUAAUACUGGCAACUCAUUAAAUAUUUAUUUUAU